AUGAGUGAAAAGGGAACUACGAUCACUUCUAAUAUAAACAUUGAAAAAAAUGCCGCAAAUGAACCUUUACUUUCACAAGAUUUAUUUGAUUCAGUAUUUGGAAACUUUGGAGAUACAUCCACUAUUAGUAACAUGGAUUUAAGUCUUAAAAAGAAACCCGAAUCAGUAAAGAGUAUAAAGAAAGAUGAAAAACCAACACUGGAUUUCAGACAAUCAUCAUCAUCUUUUUUGUAUUCUUCGCAAGAUGAAAAAUCCAGCACCGCUGACUUUAAAGAACAAAUUAAUUUCGAAUCAAGUGAUACAACCGAUCAAAUUCCAAUAGCUUUUUCUUCUGUUUCACUGAAUCUUGAUAUUGGUGGUAAGAAUCUACUACUAAUUUUGAACGAACAAAAUGUUAAUGUAAAUGUUAAAUAUAAAAUUUUUUAA